UCUAGUGAAGUCAAGAGUAUACAGUGUAUGUGCUAAUUAAAUGUACGAUUUUAUUUUACGGAUUUUUCAAAUAGUUUGUCGAAAUGUAUGAUCCCGCUAGUGAUGGCGUUGAUCUAAAAUCUUGCCGAAUAUGUUUAACAACGAAAAAACCGUUGUGUCCACUAUUUAAAUACAAAUUAUCAGGAAAUUAUGCUGAAAUGUUGACGGCAAUUGCUAAUGUCAAAGUAUUACCAACUGAUGGCCUUCCUGAAAAAAUAUGUCUUAAAUGUUGCACCACUUUGGAAAAAGCAUAUCUUCUUAAAACUGUUGCGGAAAGGUCUGAUAGGAAGAUGAGAAAAAUUAUCCAAAGUUUAAAACCAACUGCAAACACAAAGAAAAUAGCAUUUAAUUCCCUUACUGAUAUCAAAGAUGAGAUUGGACCACUUGUUAAAUCAGAGCCAGGAAUGGAUGUGGAAAUAGAUGUCCUUGCACCAAAUUGUGUUCCUAAUUCAGAACCGGUUGAUGGUAAAGAUAUUAUAAUAGCAAACACAGUGAUAAGGAAGGUUGAAAAUGAUAAAAAAUUCAAAAUAGAAAAUACAGAUUUUGAUAAUGAUUUCUUCUCAAAUUAUGGUAUUGAUAAUGAUGACGAUGAUGAUUAUUUACCACCUUUAGAAAAAUCAAAAAGCAAAUUUAAGAAACCAAAGUUAUGUGAUAUAAAAGUAUUUAAUACUAAAGGCAAAAAAACAAUUAUAAGGAAAGUCAAAGUGGUUAAACAAGUGAAAAAUACACAUAUUGAUGGUGACAACAAACGAACUACAACAAUUACAUGUUUUCCAAUUCUCAAAAAUGGUGCAACAGGUCCACCAAUACUAUUGAAGAGACCAAAAGAUGCAACAAUUGUUAAACCAAACUCGAAUACAGAUAAACAAAGAAUUGCUCGUGUUUCAAGAGAUGCAACUCCUGGAAAACAACGGGAAAAAAUGGUGUGCCCUGUUUGUGGCAUUUUAACGUUUACAUUAGGAAAUCAUAUGUUAACACAUGAAGAAAAAAAGAAAUUCAACUGUACACAGUGUGAUCGAUCAUUUUCACUUAAAGCAAACUUGGUUUCACAUAUUAAAAAGCAUUCCGGUAUCAAAGACCACAUCUGUGAAGUGUGUGGAGCUGGCUUUUAUACACAGAAAUCUUUACUCAGACACAAUUUGAUUCACAAAGGAGAAAGGCCAUACCAAUGCGAUUUGUGCUCUAAGAAGUUUAUUGCGCGAUGUGACUUAACCCGCCAUUUACGUAUACACGCGGGCUAUAAGCCCUACAAAUGUAACACUUGCACAAUGUCAUUCAACGCAAAGCAUCAAUUGCAGAAUCAUGAGCGGAUGCACACCGGCGAACGACCUUAUAGUUGCGAGGUAUGCAACGUCGCGUUUAGUUAUAAGGUGAACUUAAACAAUCACGUAUACAAAACACACGGUAUUAAUAUUAAAUUCAAAUCAAUCCAUACGGUGACCGAGGAAGUAUUGCGACGGGAAAUGGGAAUGCUCAACGAAGCUCGGGUAGCCAUAGCGCACAUAAUUCCUCAACUAUCUGAGGUCCCGACACCAGGCGCACAUGAAACGGUCCAUCAUACCACAGACUAUAACGUAUAGAAUUUCCAUAGACUAAAGCAUCACACAGACUGUAUAAAUAUCACAGAGUAUACGUAGAUACCGUCACGUUUUGGUGAAAAGAGGUUUUCUACCUUUGCUCUAUCGAUGUACAUAAUAUAUUAAACCAAG